AUGACAUCCGAGCAGAUCACCAUUGCCUUCAUUGGCGGAGCGGGUACUACUUUGAGUCAAAUCAUUGCGUUGUCGCUCAAGGCAGGUCAUCGAAUUGUCGCCCUCGCUCGCACCCCCUCCAAGCUGUUUUCCGCCCUGGAGGAUACUCACAACAUUCCCAAAUCAACACUGAAGUCGAAUGUCACCGCUGUUCAAGGCUCUGCGCGCGACCUCGGCGCUCUGAAAGAUCUGCUCCGCUGCAACCCAAAGUUCAUCGUCACCGGUCUCACCAGUCUGCCGGAUUUCCACCUCAACCCCUUCCGGCCCGUGACAAUGCAGGACCCGACACUAAUAGGCGACUCUGCGGCCCUGGUCUUGCGCGCGCUGCACGAGCUCAAGGACGAAGGCGCCCUGUCGAGCGCCCCGCUCUUCGUUCCCAUCUCGUCUACUGGAAUAUCCGUCCAGCGCGACCUCCCGCUCAUCAUGCGCCCGGUGUAUGACUGGCUCCUACCCGAGGCGAUUGCUGACACGAAGGACAUGGAGACUGUCAUUUCGAAGGAUGUUCUGGGCGGCAAGUCGGCGUUGGGCGGCUACGUCUUUGUCCGAGCCCCCCUGUUGACUGGCAACCCUGGCAAGGGGCUUGAAAAAGUACGCGUUGGUUGGGUUAGGCAUGAUUCGGACGGUCAGGGAGAGAAGGGCCCAGGGCCGGCUGUUGGGUAUACGAUCUCAAGGGCCGAUCUGGCGGAAUGGAUCUUUGAAGAGGUCAUCCAGGCAAGGAGAGAGUGGACUGGAAAAUGCGUCACGCUGGCUUACUAG